AUGAUGUUCGAUCCUGAUUAUGAUCCUUUAACAGGAAAUUUAACUUUCUUAACAGUUUAUGGCCCUUCAAGCAUUACAUUUGGUGAAUUACAAUAUCUCAUUAACACUAAAAUACGACAAUCUAUAGUAUUUGGUGUCUGCUGUGGAGCUUCCAUAAUUACAUUCAUAAUUAUGUGGUUAGUAUCUAAGCGAAAGAAAACCCCAAUAUUCAUUUUGAACCAGAUGUCAUUAUUUUUGCUGUUUUUGCAAUCUGCUUUUUAUUUUAAAUAUAUUCUGUCAUCCCAGUCUUCUGUCACUUUAGCAUUAACAGAAUUCCCGCAAAUGGUUCAUAAAUACAACCUACAUAUUUCUGCUGCUGCUGACAUUUUUAAGUUGUUAUUAGUGGUUUGUAUAGAAUGUUCCCUUGUGUUCCAAGUCAAAGUUAUGUUUUCCGGUGAUAGCUUUAAAAAAAUUAGUUACUUUCUUCUGACAGCUUCAAUUGCAAUUGGCUUAACUACAAGCGGUAUGCUUUUAACGGCUGUUGUUAUGAUAAUAAGGAGUAUUUAUACAGGGAUAACUAACAAAGGUGAUAAAUAUUACAACAUUGCCAAUAUCCUAUUUGCUGGUUCAAUUAAUUUCAUGACACUUAUCUUGGUCAUUAAAUUGAUUUUGGCUAUACGUGCAAGAAAAUUUCUAGGAUUAAAGCAGUUCGACAGUUUUCAUAUCUUGUUAAUUAUGACAUGUCAUUCGCUUGUUGUACCUUCUAUUUUGACAAUUUUAGCAUAUGCAUUACAAUCUAAUGAAGAUGUAUUAGUUUCAGUGUCAACUCUAUUAGUGGUUUUAUCGUUGCCCUUAUCAUCUAUUUGGGCAGGAUCUAUUAAUACGGCAUCAAGUACCAGGAGUUUUAAAUCUGACCCACCAUUAACCCCUACUGGAUUUUAUCCUACGGGAAUUGAGGAUUUAUCAUCCUCAAGCACUGUUUCCAGUCCUAAUUCUGGAUCCUUUCCAACAAAUAUAAUCAAAAGGUAUAUAUCAAGAAAUAAGCAAAACACUAGAAGUAAUGCAAGGGAAUAUGAUAAUACUUCAGGUUUUGUAGAGAUUCAUAAAGAAGAGCAUAAUUCUGAAAAAGAAUAUUCAGAUAAUAUUUAUUAUGGUAUAUCAUCAGACUUAUCAUUUGAUAAGUUGAAAAAUGAGAAAUCAGAGGUGAAGAAACAGACAAUUGAUGUAUUUGAUACUAAAAUUGACACAUCAUUUACUGUGUAUACGCCAAACACACAAGAAGAUGUAGAGGCCAGAAAAUUUUGGUUGGCAAGUGAUGAAAAUAGUGACUCAAAUAUAUUAUUGGACUAA